UCACGUUGUCUGCCCACCGCCAUGAAACACCCGAAGAAGGAAACGAGACACAAAUUGUUUUACCGUUUAAAAUGACGAAGUGUGUCUGUAGUCGACGGCGCGUUCAGUAACUACCAGCCGUGUUAGUACUUUGUGUUUUAUCUGUUGUUACUGAGCGCGUUGAGUGGCGGCAGCUCGACAUGAUGGCGGCCAGCAGCGGCUCGUCGGCUCCAUCCUCCUCCAUCAACUCCACUCUCCCUCCGCCGAGGACCCGCAUCUUUAAAAUCAUCGUCAUCGGGGACUCGGGCGUCGGGAAGACCUGCCUCACGUACCGCUUCUGUGCCGGCAAGUUCCCCGAGAAGACGGAGGCCACGAUCGGAGUGGACUUCCGGGAGAGGCUGGUGGAGAUCGACGGAGAGAAGAUCAAGAUCCAGCUGUGGGACACGGCGGGUCAGGAGCGCUUCAGGAAGUCCAUGGUGCAGCACUAUUACCGUAACGUUCACGCCGUCGUGUUUGUCUACGACGUGACCAACGCCAGCAGCUUCCGCAGCCUUCCCGCCUGGAUCGAGGAGUGUAAGCAGCACGCUCUGGGCGCAGAGCUUCCCAGGAUUCUUGUGGGAAAUAAGUGUGACCUCCAAGACUCUAUCCAGGUGAGCACGGACGUGGCGCAGCAGUUUGCGGACGCUCACUCGAUGCCGCUGUUCGAGACCUCUGCAAAGAACCCGACCAGCCAAGGAGACGGAAGCUGCCACAACAGUGACCAUGUGGAGGCCAUCCUUUUGACUGUGGCUCACAAGCUGAAGUCUCAGAAGCCCCUGGUGCUCAGUCAGCUUCCUGAGGCGUCAGGGGCCACGGUCAGCCUGAGCAAGGUGAGGGGUGAUGAAGGGGACAGAGGCAGGAGCUGGGGCUGCAGCAGCUGCUGAGAGGACAGGAGACGUAGGACAGGACCCAGGAAGAACAAAGAACAAGGAUAAAUGACACCAAGAGAAGAGAUUGCACUUCUUCACCACAUGUGCUUCAACACUAUCUAGUCUUUUUGACUAUUUGCAGUUUGAUUGUUGCCCAAUUAUCAGCACCCAACUGUUGCUCAGUUCAUGGAAAUAUUCGUCAACGUGGAAGCAUCGGAUCUUUAAAUAGGACUUGAUACUAAAAUACCAGAGCCCUGAAGG